AAUUUUAAACACUCUAUAUGUACUCUUCUUGAGUACUCUAUUGCGCCAAACGAAGAUAUGAGGAUCUUCCCAAAGCUCUCUGCGCCACUCUGCCUCCUUUUCGUCUUCCUCUUUCUUAAAACUGCCUUCUCAUCCUCUAUACAUGCUUCUUCCUUCUCAACAACGCAUCUCUGCUCUCAUGAGGAGGCUCUUUCUUUGCUGCAAUUCAAGACAUCCUUCUCCAUCAAUUACACUGUUCCGUUUCCAUAUUAUCCAGAUUAUUGUGUGGAUUGGUUUUAUACUAAACCUAAUUAUUCUAAGAUUGAGUCAUGGAAGGAAGGUAUAGACUGUUGUUCCUGGGAUGGGGUUAGUUGUGAUAAUGUCACAGGCCAUGUAAUUGCCCUUAAUCUCAGCUGCAGUUUCCUUUAUGGCACCUUUCCUUCCAACAGCACUCUUUUCUCCCUCAGAAACUUGCAGAGCCUCAAUCUUGCCUUGAAUGAUUUUAGGCUUUCCAAGAUUCCAUCGGAAAUUAGUCAGUUUACUAGACUAAAGCAUCUUGAUAUCUCUGAUUCUGGAUUUUCGGGCCAAGUUCCAGCAGAAAUUGCUCACCUCCGCAAGUUAGUUUCUCUCGAUCUCUCUAGUGAUUAUUGCAACUUGAUCCUUGAAACAACUACCUUCAAAAAUCUUGUUCAUAACUUGAGUGAGGUGAGAGAACUUGUGCUUAGUGGAGUGAACAUGACAUCUGUUAAUCCUCGUCUCUUCAUGAAUCUCUCUUCUUCAUUGACUACUCUUGAUCUUAUCGAGAGUGGGUUAAGAGGAAACUUUCCAAAUAGUAUUUUCCACUUUCCAAAUCUCAAGAAUUUUUAUUUAAGUGGAAACCGAAACCUCACUAUUGAUCUUCCAAGUUCCAAUUGGAGCAGUCCUCUCCAACAGUUGUAUUUAGAUGAUAUGGAUUGCGAAAGGCAAUUGCGAGAGUCUAUAGGAGAUCUAAAGUCAUUAAAGUCUCUGGGUCUUGGCUGCAACUUGGAAGGUUCCAUUCCAGCUUCCAUAGGGAACUUAUCUCAACUAACUGACCUAAGCCUCUUUUCUAACAAUUUUAACGGACAAAUCCCACCAUCACUUGCAAACCUCACACAACUUACCUAUCUUGACCUUUCCAAUAAUCAGUUUUCUGGUCCCAUUCUAGCUUCCAUAUGUAACUUAAGGCAACUUACUAGCCUAUACCUUCAUUCUAACAAUCUUAGCCAACAAAUCCCAUCAUCACUUGCAAACCUUACCCAGCUUACCUUUCUUGACUUUUCAGGUAAUCAGUUUUCUGGUUCCAUUCCAACAUCACUUGCAAACCUCACACAACUUACCUCUCUUUACCUUGCCAAUAAUCAGUUUUCUGGUCCCAUUCUAGCUUCCAUAUGUAACUUAAGGCAACUUACAAGCCUACACCUUUAUUCUAACAAUCUUAGCGAACAAAUCCCAUCAUCACUUGCAAACCUCACCCAACUUACCUCUCUUGACCUUUCAUAUAAUCAGUUUUCUGGUCCCAUUCCAGCUUCCAUAGGUAACUUAAGGCAACUUACUAGCCUAGAACUCUAUUCUAACAAUCUUAGCAAACAAAUCCCAUCAUCACUCGCAAACCUCACCCAACUUACCUAUCUUUCCCUUUCCAAUAAUCAGUUUUCUGGUCCCAUUCCAGCUUCCAUAGGUAACUUAAGGCAACUCACUAGGCUAUACCUCUAUUCUAACAAUCUUAGUGGACAAAUCCCAUCAUCACUUGCAAACCUCACCCAACUUACCACUCUUCACCUUUCUUAUAACUUACUUAAUGGCACAUUGCCACCUUGGAUUUUCACCCUACCUUUGUUAGAGUACUUGUAUCUCAAUCAUAACCAAUUUCAAGGUCAAAUAAAUCAAUUCUGGCAAAACCCACUCACACACCUAGAUUUGUCAAACAAUAAACUCCAGGGCUCAAUUCCUAACUCAAUUGCUAAUUUAGUAAAUCUUAGUUAUCUCAAUUUAUCAUCAAAUCAUUUUAGUGAUUUUGUAGUGCCUGACAUGUUCUCGGCGCUUCAAAAUCUUGAAAUUCUUGACCUUUCUCAUAACAACUUAACCGGGAAGAUUCCAAAUUGUCUUCCUAAGUCUCUCUCAGUGUUGAAUUUGCAGGCCAAUUGCUUUGAUGGAAAUAUAGCAUUUGGGUUUCCAGAGGGCUGUGGAUUACGAAAUCUCAACUUACAUGGAAAUCAAAUGGACGGCUUAUUACCAAGGUCUUUGGUGACUUGUCGCAUGUUAGAGGUUCUAGACGUUGGCAACAACAACAUAAGUGAUACAUUCCCUCAUUGGUUGGAAUCUCUACCACACCUUCAAGUGCUUGUCUUAAGGUCCAACAAGUUCCAUGGUUCUGUGCAGAGCACGAAAGAAAGUCCAUCUUUUCCCAAGUUGCGAGUUCUGGACCUCUCCAGCAAUUAUUUUGUUGGUGCUUUGCCUGUUCGGUACAUUGAAAAUUUUAAUGCGAUGAUGGACCCUCAUAAAGAUGGUGGUUCCCCUGAAUACAUGAUGGUGUCGACGAGAACCAAUUCUUAUCAAUAUUCAGUGGUUGUAACAUGGAAGGGAUUCGACUAUGAGCUGCAGAAAAUCUUGACGAUAUUCAGUAGUAUUCAUCUUUCAAAUAACAAGUUUGAGGGAGAAAUUCCAGAUGUUAUUGGAAAGCUUAGUUCUCUCAAAGGGCUUAAUCUUUCUCAUAACAACCUUACUGGUCAUAUCCCACCAUCACUAGGGAAUUUGACGAAUCUGGAAUGGUUGGAUCUCUCUUCCAACGAGCUAGCGGGGAAAAUUCCAGAUGAAUUGGUGUCUUUGACACAACUUUCUGUAUUGAAUCUUUCAAAUAAUCAUCUUGUCGGACGCAUACCACAGGGCAAUCAGUUCAACACCUUUGGAAAUGGUUCUUAUGAAGGAAACAUUGGACUUUGUGGAAUCCCAUUGUCAAAAUCUUGUGAUGGAAUUGGGACACCACCGAGCUUCUUCCAAGAAAAAGAUGAGUUGUGGAGAUUUGGGUGGAGAGUUGUGGUAUUAGGCUAUGGAUGUGGAGUUGUUUUUGGACUGCUGAUGGGAUAUCUUGUCUUCGGAACAGGAAAACCAAAAUGGUUUGUGUCUUUGUUUGAUGGCCGACCAAGUCAAAGUGGAAGGAAGAUGAGGAAAGCCAGAAGACUUGUUCAAAGAAGAAGCUAGUUGCAGAGUUAAUGUUUUAGAGCUUCUGAUUUAAUGUUUCCUUAAUAAGUGCUUUUUGGGUUUGAAGUUGUUGUCAUGGCUGGCAUUGGCUUGUCUAAAAUUGUCAGCCUUCUCUUGUCUUUAUUAUGGUUUGUAAUUUUAUCUUUCUUUAUUGUAAAAUAUAUUUGAAGGUUUAAG